UAUGUGUCACGUUAAAAUAAUCUGAACGAUCCCCUUCAUUCAUGACAUUGUUUUUGUAUUUUGAAUGUCCGUACCGGAAGUACAGGUCGUCGUUGUUUCCGUCACUUUCACAUUUUACUGGUUUGACAGCUUCCCCGCCACAGACAGAGGACCGUGGAUGGACCUCACUUAACCGAAGCGGCUGAGAGCAGCGGGCCGAACCAGAACAUCGUCGCCUCGGUGCGGCCAUGGACGAGCAGGCGGGUCCCGGUGUCUUCUUUCCCGGCAGCAGCGCACCUCUGUCCGGCGGCGUUAAAGCUCCGCCGCCUGGCGACGUCGCAGAGGCGAUCAGAGCUCAGUACAGCGUCCCGGGGAUUUUACACUUCCUCCAGCAUGAGUGGGCCCGGUUCGAGGUGGAGCGGGCGCAGUGGGAGGUGGAGCGGGCCGAGGUGCAGGCUCAGAUCGCCUUCCUGCAGGGGGAGAGACGAGGCCAGGAGAACCUGAAGAAAGACCUGGUGAGACGCAUCAAGAUGCUGGAGUACGCACUCAAACAGGAGCGGGCCAAACACCAUAAAGUGAAGUAUGGAACAGAACUGAACCAGGGAGAGAUCAAAGCACCGAGUUAUGACUCAGAUGAAGGGAAUGACAGUGAAGCUCUCAGUCCUUCAAACAGCAGCCAACAACUCAGCUGGAAACAAGGACGACAACUGCUCAGACAGUACCUGCAGGAAGUGGGCUACACUGACACUAUCCUGGAUGUGAAGUCUCAGCGGGUGAGAGCGCUGCUCGGUCUGACCACAGACCAGAACCCAGCACAGACCGGACCAGAACCUAUGGUCAACGGCACUGAACCGUCGUCCCUGAAGGAUAGUGGCGUGGUCAGUAAACCCGACAUGUCUGACUCUGCCACCGUGAUGGAGGCGUUUAAGUUCAUCGAGAACGAAACCACAGAGUUCAGCGACGAAGACGAGGACGACGACGAGGAUGAGGACAGUGAGGGGCGGGACAAAACCGUCCUGGACCUGUCCACAAUGAAGAAGAAACAGUCAACCACGCCGUCUUCCACGACCUCUGACCUCAGCGAUGACCCCGACACAGAGGAGGCUCUGAAGGUCUUUGACUUCUUAACCAUGACGGAGGACGUGGACGGAUCAACUGAGUCCAGGAGUGGAGAGGACAGUGAGAAGGAGCAGCAGCCUGAACUGUCCUGGGACGUGGACCAGGGACUGAUCGCUCAGCUCAAGGAGGAGUACAGGAAGGAGCGCAAGUGCAAGAAGGGAGUGAAGAGACCGAACCGCUCGAAGCUUCAGGACAUGCUUGCUAACCUGCGUGAGGGUGAGGACCUCCCCUCCCUGCAGCCUCCCGUGACUCCGCCCACUAGGCCCAGCGUACCCAGACUUGGCGAGCAGGAAGUGGGACGCCCAGAUGAAGAGACAAUGACGUUCCUGCCAUCACCUGGAAAAUCCUUCAUCAUCGGCCGAGUGGACGACGCUGUGUCCAACGAGCUGGGACUGGGAGAACUGGCCGGACUGACGGUCGCCAACGAGGCCGACAGCCCCGCCUACGACAUUGCCAGCAACCAAGACGUCCUGAGGAAAACCUGGAACCCCAGGUUCACGCUGCGGAGUCACUUCGACGCAGUGCGGAGUCUGGUCUUCCACCCGGUGGAGCCGGUCCUGGUCACGGCCUCCGAGGACCACACCCUCAAACUGUGGAACCUCCAGAAGACGGCGCCGACCAAGAAGUGUGCUGCGUUAGACGUCGAGCCCAUCUACACGUUCAGAGCUCACAGCGGGGCUGUGCUCUGCGUCACCAUGAGCUCCAGCGGUGAGCAGUGUUUCAGCGGUGGAGCAGACGGCACCGUUCAGAGCUGGAACACCCCCAACCCCAACAUCGACCCCUACGACUCAUAUGAGUCCUCCGUCCUGCGGGGGGCGCUGUGCGGUCACACGGACUCGGUGUGGGGCGUGGUCUACAGCUCAGCUCAUCACCGCCUCCUUUCCUGCUCCGCGGACGGAACGGUGCGACUGUGGAAUGCCGCCGACACGUCGCCGUGUCUCGCUGUUUUUAACGAGCAAGGAGAUCUGGGCGUCCCCACCUCCGUGGACCUGGUGAGCAGUGAACCCGUCCACAUGGUGACAUCCUUCACCACUGGAGACAUCGGUGUUUUCAACAUGGAGACGCAGCAGCUCGUCCUCAGGCUGGACUCAGCCGGACUGCCGGAUGCCCCCUGCAAGAUCAACAAAGUGCUGAGUCAUCCCACGCUGCCGAUCACCAUCACGGCUCAGGAGAAUCGGCACAUCCAGUUCUACGACAACAACACAGGUAAACGGAUCCACUCGAUGGUCGCUCACCUGGAUGCUGUGACGAGUCUCGCCGUGGAUCCAAACGGACUGUACCUCAUGUCAGGAAGUCACGACUGCUCUGUGCGUCUCUGGAACAUGGAAACGAAAACAUGCAUCCAGGAAUUCACCGCCCACAGGAAGAAGUUUGACGAGUCCAUCCACGACGUGGCGUUCCACCCAAGCCGCUGCUACAUCGGCAGCGCUGGGGCCGACGCUCUCGCCAAGGUCUUUGUAUGACCACAGAAGGAGGCGGAGUUUGUGACAGUGGCCCCACCAACCUCUUGGACUCCGGAUUGUCUGGGUCCUAAAAACGAAUGACAAGCAAAAAAAGGAACACACCCCGAUCACUAACGCAGAAAUGUUGCUUUGAAAUGUGCCUUUAAAUUCUUUUACAGGAGGUCAAAGGUCAUGACCUGAGGGUUAUAUGAGGACAUUUAUUUAGAAAUCAGCUCCGUCCACAUUGACCUUUUCAAAACUAAUCACGGUUGCUAUGGUAACAACAUGGUUACCAAAAUGCUGCUGGUUGAAAACCAAAACUGAGACUUUUAUUUUGAAAACUGCAGGGUUGUGUUUUAGUUUAGAUAAAGCAAAACUGAGACUUUUAUUUUGAAAUUUUCAGGGUUUUGUUUUAGUUUGGACAGACAGAAACUGAGGCUUUUAUUUUGAAAACUACAGGGUUGUGUUUUAGUGUGGACAGACAGAAACUGAGACUUUUAUUUUGAAAACUACAGGGUUGUGUUUUAUCAGACACGUCAUGGGACGUGUUUUCAUUUGUGGACAGAGUUUAUUCCUGAAGUGAAAACAUGUGGGCGGGGCUUAAGGUGGGUGAAGGCGAGACCACGCCCACUGAGCUUUGAUUGGUUUUUACAUCAGAAAAAAAGAAUUCUGAUGCAUGAAACAUGCGUUAACGUUCUGCGAAAAUUAUUUGAUGUCAAACACAGUUUGAAAUAUAAGUGAAACAUGCUAACGUUAGCCGACAUGUGACACCAUAUAUGACGUCACGUGAUGAUCGAACAAACCGAUAUUUACGUUGUUUCUUCUUAAAUAUAUAGUGCGAUAUUUUUUUCUUUUUUAAAACAACAAAUUGAAGCCUAAACUUUCGACCGACAAAACCUGACAGAUGCUAAUGCUAAUUAGCUCCUUCUGUUGUGUCGAAACACGUACCCCCUGCAGGCACACACCUGCGUGAACAUGUCGUAUUUAGCAUUGUAUUUUAACGACUUCUUUUUAAAGACUUGUUUGGUGACGUUUGGUUUUUCUUGAAACGCGACAUUUCUGCUGCCGUUGUGAGACGUUAACUCUCUUUUCUGCUUCAUCUGAUUUUUGUUUGUUUGUUUUUACCGUUCGAUCAUCUUGCGCAGCUGUUUCCUGUUGGGGAAAAGUUCACUAACGAAAAUGUAAAGAAAAAAAGUUUGUACAGUUUUUAGAUUUUAACGCAGGUAUUUAUUAACGUGGUGUAAAGAGAGUGUACGUGUAAAACUGCGACGUAAAAGUUUGUGAUUUUGUUGCUGCCUUCAGCUCGUGAACUCGUGUACAAUGAGAUACGAGGUAUGCUAAUGUUUAUGCUAGGCCAUGGCAGCUAACUCUAAUGCUAAUGAUAGCAUUUACGUAACACAAAGACAAAGGGGAAAAAAUUGCGAUAUGACGUCAAACCCGAAUUAUGAGCGUUCCAGUUUCCCUUCAGUGGCUAAUCACAUCAUUACAUCUAGCUUUGAUCGUUUAGUUGAUUUGAGGAACGCAGCUUUGGUUUUUAUAUAUAUAUAUAUUUAUAUUUGUGCCCAGACACCAGUAGGGGACAAAUUUGACAGCUUGGAAUUACACCUUCAGGGGGCACUCCAGUUAAAACGUGGGAAAUGACGAGUUUUAUUCAAAUUCAUUGUAAGAGAAAAUGAAAUGAUUCUGAUUCUUUUUUUUGUACAAACACGUCCAUGUUUACAGAUUUCGCAUUUCGAUUUUUUUCUGCGAGAAAACACUGGCUCAAACCUUUUCUCUAUAAAAUAAUAAACUUUAAUUGAACACUAAAUUAAUCGUGACCGACGUUACUCAACAAAACUGGCGAUAAAGCCGUUACCAUGGAAACCAGCGUGCAGACAUGUCGGCGUUUCACUAAUAUUUAUAUUUGUUUUCAGAUGCCAAAGGCCGAGGUUUGACUGUAAAUUAUUAUGAUUAUUAUUGUUGUUAUUAUUGUACAGUGAAAUGUUUCAGAGAAUUUAGAAGCUGAUUUGUACAUAAAGAAUCUUUUUUUUUUAUCUUUUUAGUUUGAAAAUGGGAGAUUUAUCAAUAACAAUAAAGGAAUAUGUUGUAUAUCA